UCUAGUUCCUCACGACAGAAUUUAACUCUGGGCAGAAUGACAGGAGUAUUAGAAAGGAAAGAACUACUUGUGGGUAAAAGACCAACAGAAUUUUUGUGUGUUGGGCCAUCUUUUGAGGAAAAACCCAAUGACAUAGUACUAAUCAUCCCAGGAAACCCAGGUGUGACAGGUUAUUACACCAGCUUCAUGGAGACCAUAUAUGUGACUCUAAAGGGCACUCAUGCUGUUUGGGCUGUUUCCCAUGCCGGACAUUGCUGUACCUCUUACACUGAGUCACAGCUUGGGAAGGAUGUAUAUGACCUAAAUGACCAACUUAGACACAAGAUUGACUUCAUCCAUGAUUUUGUUCCCAAAGGAGCAAAUGUUACACUUGUCGGACAUUCCAUAGGUUGUCAGAUAAUCCUCAAUGUUCUUCAGGCAUUUGAGGAUAGCGCAGAUAUAACCAUAAAGUUUAGUUACCUCCUGUUCCCCACCAUAGAGAGAAUGAAGGACUCACCAAAUGGGACUCGACUUUGGCCUGUACUCUGCUAUUUCCGUUGGCUUACCAUUUUCUUGGCCAUCAUUGCAAGUUUUAUACCAAAGAAGAUAAAGGAGAGCUUGCUCUAUCUAUAUUUUGGAAGAAAAGCACAUAGACAUGUAAUAAAGGCCUCAACUGAGCUCUUGAAUCCCAAGAUUAUACAGAAUGUCCUCUGGAUGGCAUAUAGUGAAUUGAAUGAGGUACUUAUGCCCAAUCUAAAAGCACUUGAGAAACACAAGGGCACGGUAAUGCUCUAUUACGGAGCAAAUGAUUGCUGGUGUCCUCUGUCCUAUCACCAGGAUCUGGUAGCAAAGGUGAAAAGAGUUAAUGCCCAUGUGUGUCAGGAAGGACAUGCACAUGCUUUUGUUCUGAAGAGCUCAGUGCCCAUGGGAGAAAAGGUGGCGCAUUGGAUGAUAUCUUGAGAAAACUUUCAGUAUGCAAGUAUUUGUUAAGAAUAUGCAUUUACUAAGAAUUAAGUAAUUUAUUUGGUGUGUGUGUGUGUGUGUGUGUGUGUGUGUGUGUGUGUGUGUGUGUGUGUGUGUGUGUGUGUGUGUGUGUGUGUGUGUGUGUGUGUGCACGUGUGUUUUGUAUCUUUUGUGUAUGUUUCUGUUGUGGGUGCAUGCAUGUGUGCAUGUUUUAUGCAGCAUUAAUGAGCAUCUAUUUCUUGGCAGUUGUGUAAUUGGUUCAGAAGUUUAAAGAAAAGAGAUUGAAGAUCAUAUAUUGUCUCUAAGAAACAGCAUAUACCCUCUGACCAAGAAUAUAUUUAAGGGGUUAAGAUGGCUCAUUAUAUCAUUUUCAGUCUUUAUUUUGUUAAGGAUACAGUUUAUGAUUGUGUUAGUUUACAGCUAUUUUGUACGCAAUUAAUGAAUGCUGGAAAAGUAAAUUGAAGCAUUUAGAUUAAAUCUUAGUUAUUACUAUGUUAUGUGACAUUGGAGUUGACAUUGGAGAAAAUGUCAUUUAUAUAAUGUCUUAUUUUAAACAAAUGUUAGAUUCAAAGGAUCAUAUUUUGUUAAGUAAUCAGCAUGAAUUACAAAGUAGAAAAUGUUCAACGAGACACAAAUAUUAUUCUUUUUGAAUCAAAGACAAGCUCAACCCUUUCUCACUUCCUCCUCCUUUGUCAUUGUUCAUCAGCUUCAUCUUCCGCUUCUUUCUUUCACUUUUUCUUUUUCAUCUUCUUCUUACUUCUCCUUUUCUUUCUUUUUCACCUUCCACUUCUUCUUCUUCCUCGUUUUCUUCUAUUUCUCCUUUUUUUUUUCUUCCUUAAUUUUUCUCUUGUUUUAAGUAUGUGAUAAGACUUUACAGAGGAAAGGUGCUAUUGAAACCUUGGUUAUAGCAUUUAUUCUUUUUCAUUUCUAUUUUUCAUAUUUUAUGAAUAAGUAUAAGUGGAACCAUUAUUAGGUACAUGUACAAGUGCAUUUAGGCUUGGAAAUAAAUAUCUGGAGUAAGGAGAUGAAUUGAGUUUUCUACUCAUUAAGGCUCAUUAAGAUAACUAAUGCUAGAGACUAUGAACAGUAGUAGGUAUGUUAUAUAAAUAUAUAAUCAUUUUUCAGAGUAAAAGAUAGUUCUCCAUUUUAGAAGUUGUUUGCACUGUUCAUGUUCUUCACUAAGAAGAUAUAUAAAUUGUGAACAAGUAGAAUUAUAAAUAUAUGUGCUUUCCCUUUAAUCUAGAUGUACUGCAGAUUGCAGUUUACUAAUCCAACAGCUUUAAUAGACAUUGAUAUGAAUCUGGCCACUUGGCCAGCUGUGGCACCAGCCCAUGUGUUACAGUACAGUAAACUUGUACCAUGGGACCAAACACUAUCAUAUAGAAGUCCAAUAAGCUUGAACUAGGCUUAUGCCUAUAGAAAUGUUAUUGGUAUCAGUAAUAUCAAAACUGUAAAUGUAUGAUUUUGCUCUUUUUACCCAAAGCUUCACUAAUUCUUAAAAUUCCCAAGCCUACUAGGUGAAUGAGCUUCAAACUAUGCUAAUAUGGCAAGAAACAGAUUAACUUCCUCCAAUUCUUCAGGUGUUUAUGACAUUAUAUUUAAACUUCUUGAUGUUUUUCCUCCUCAGAAAAUGUAAGUUUAUUCUAGUAAUAAAUAUAGUUUGAAGUUGCCCACUGUAAACAUUCCAUGACAAUAUACAUUGUUAUAAUAUUGUUCUCUUAAAAUUAUCUUGCACAGUGUGUCUGUUUAAAGACAACAUUGUUAGUAAACAAAGGAUCCAUUA